AGAAAAGGAGGGGGACAAUUAUGUAAGCUACUCUGAGUUCAUUGUAAGGACUAGGUGGGCUUGGGUGUCAAAGGUGGGAUAUAAAUCUAAUAAAUAAACUGAUGCAUCAAGAAUAAUGCAGCAAACACUUUGCCACCUGAAAAUCCAGGGACAGCAAAGGUUCAAGGAGCAUUUCCAAGAUACAGACCUGAUCCUUCAGGUGAAGUGCCACCUUUCCAGAACAGGUAGAAUGCCAAUCCUCAAGUCAGGCUUUCUACUGCCCAAUAAUACUUCAAUUUUGUUUUGAGUUUAACCUCAGCUUGUUCACCCUCAUUCAUUUCCAUUAUUGGAUGUAGGCAAUGUUCACAGACUGAGCUGCUUCCUUGGGCUUAGCUGUCAAAGAGUAACAGAACUAGGUGCCAUCAGUAUGUUGGUGGCACCUUACUCCAUAGUUCUGAAUGAUCUCUUGCAGCAGUUCAAUGUAAAGAUCAAAUAACAUGCAAGACAGGAUAUAAUCCUGUGGAACACUAAAGACCAGGGCUCAUGGAAUUGAAUACUAAUACCCCAACACUAUAUCCUAGACAUUGCUCAACAGAAAGGACCAGAACCAUUGCAAAACAGCAUCUCUCAGGGAUCAGUCCUACCAGAUGGUCCAGAAGGAUAACCUGCUCAAUGGUGUCAAAAGACAUUAGGCGAUAGAAGAGAAUGAGUAGAGUCAUAUGUUCUCCCUCUAGUUCCUGGCAUAGUCUGGGUGACUAAAUUCUGAUAUUCCAGGGGGAAAAAACAGACUGAAAGGCGUCCAAGAUAAUCGGUUUCAUCCAAAUGCAUCUAGAAUUGCAGCAGCACCUUUCCAGUCACCUUAGUCAUUUGAUACUGGCCUAUAGAAAGAUCCUUUAAUAAAAGUUAUUCAUUCAUUCAUUUAUUAUUUUUAAACAAGAAGGAACAAUCCCUUUCUUCAAAGAGGCAUUAAUCAUUUGCCUUAGCCAUGGCAUCAGUCCAACCUUGGCUGAUUUAAUCAGCCAAGAUGGGCAAAGGUUGAAUGCACAGGUGAUGACCCUCACCACUUCAGAUACCCUCUCCACGUUCUUGAGUUCAGUAAUUGUAGGUUUAAAAGUAAUGCAAUUACCUAAAUAUUUUAUAGCACUUCUAGUUUAUUUAAAAGAAAACAAACAUAUGUCCUAGCAAAAUAAUUACUUGCCUUCAUACAUGAAUGUAAUGCAAAGUCCAUUAAGUGACAGCUACCACAUAACCUUUCUAAAAUGUUUCUAAGCUUUCCAUAUUAUGUAUCUUUUGAUGAAUCUCUGCUUAGUAGGCCUGAUAGUAUUUUGAGAUUAUAAAAUAUAUAAUUUAUAUUUUAAUAUACAAAUAUAAUGUAUGCUUUUGCUUAAUAUAAGUUCUUCAUAUACCACAUUAUGCAUUAAUGAUGAAAGACUCAGUAUCUUAAAUGGUUAUUACUACCUUGAGAGAAUGUAUUCUCAGCUAGGGUAGGUCAUCUUAUUUUCUUCAUCACUAUGUAUUGCUUUUAGCUUGGUGUUCUCUACUGUAGGACUCUUUUCUUCAGGAGUACUUCCUUGUCUUGCCGACCAAGAAGAUGGAAAAUCCCAUUCUUGCAGCAUAGGUACAGAACGGCCAGCAACAGUGCAGGUUUUUCCAUGUCAUCAGUGCUUCUGUUUUGUGCUCUGGAAGAACAUGUAUCAGGGGUAGGAUAAGAUCUUCGUAGUUCAUUAUGGUCCGAGAACGAAAAUGUAUAUUAUGCCACAUCAUAUACAGCUCAAAAAAGGAGAUGGAUGAGCAUAUGAGAAGUAUGCUUCACCACCGAGAACUUGAAAAUCUUAAGGGGAGGGACAGCAAUCAUGAGUGCCAGGUGUGUAGGGUGAUGGUGGUGGGCUUGUCAGCAUAUGCUAAGCACAUUUCCAGCCAGCUGCACAAAGACAAGGUUGAAGCUCAUGAUGCAGAGGAAGGGAAAGAAGAGGCUAAUGAAGAAUACUUUGACAAGGAACUGAUUCAAUUAAUCAAGCAAAGAAAUGAACAGAACAGAGCAGGUGAAGUAUGCCGUGUGAACCAUGAAACAGAAAGUGAAGACAGACGAUUGCAAAGACGGCAAGAUGAAAGGACCUCUUACCAAGACAGAGACACUUAUGAUUCAUCAGUAAGGUACCAUUGUGGACCAUCUCAGAGAGACUGGAAAUGGGAAAAUGAUGGCUUCUUAAACCCCCGACAAGAAAAAUUUGCACAUUCUUCAAGGAAUCCUAAUAAUACGAACAGGCAUCUCAGCAGCCAAAGAGGACGACCUGGGUGGCAUCAUAAUAAUCCCGGAGUGUCACCAAAUCGGUAUCAUAGCUGUGGGAAUACUGGAGGUGCUUGGCAUCAGAAUGCUGGACGAGGAUCAUCAGGUUGGCAUCAUGGUGGAAGGGGAAGAAGUUCCAAUUGGCUUUCCGAAGGAAAGAAUGGCUUUUCUAAUUGGCAGUCCAAACAUGUGGGGGGAAACUGGAAACCAGGUCUACAGAGUGGACGUGGAUGGAACUUAGGAAGGAACAGGGCUCCAAACAGUAGUUCCCAAAUAGACAAUCUGGAUGCUUCCUGGCUGAAAAGCAAGAGUAUGCAGGAUAAAUACAGUGGAGAAAGGUACGCAUGGCAAUGGCAGGAUAGUGGCUCUGUGACAUCUUAUACAGGCAUUGUUAAUGAAAAUGACAUUAAUUGCUUAUUGGAUUUCACUAGUGAUCAGCUGCCUUCUGAUGGGUUGCUAAAUUUUGGUGCUCCUGAGCAACCAAAUAGCAAAUCCUCCAAAGUCAGUGGAAAGCAUAGCAGCCCUUCCCGAGAAAAAAUAAAUCGCUGGGCUCCUUAUCCUCCUCAGAAAGCUUUAGAACAGCAGUCAGUGGCUGAUGAAAGUGUAACUAAGAUGCCUGAAAAAACAGAUUGUGCCCCUCUGUCACCCUCUCCAAAAUGGACAGAUCCUAAAAACAACAACCCAAAACUGAAAAACUUGGAAGAGACCUCUUCUGUACCCUCUAAGUACAAAAUGUCAUCCGGCAAAACUGCCCCAUGCAAAGGGCCAACAAACUGCACCAGUGAGACAAAAUCAGAUCAAGCUGAAGACAAAGGUAACAGGAUGCCAUCCCUGAAAUCCCCACUUCUAGCUAUUCCAGAUAUAAAGCCAUCUCAAAAAAGAAGCCCAAAUAAUCUGUUGAAACAUGUCCAACUUCUGCUUUCCUCAUCUUCUGGAGACAGUCAGAGCCAACCAAGCUCACCAAAUUUAGAGGCUAAUCAUUCUUCCACAAAGACGUCCACACUGAGCAAUGAAUAUAAUAACUAUAGCAGUUUUAAAGGAAUCAAACAUAUCCUUAGUAGCAAUGAAAACCUAAGUGAAGAUUUACUACAAACGGCCAAAGAGGAAUUCCAGUGUAUCAGUUCUUUUCAAAAUUCCCAUUCAAGCCCUUCUGGAGGUAAUUGGACUGAUGAAAAUGAAGAAUGGAGCAUUGAGAAUUCUGCCCAAAUCCAGAAGAUGUGUGAGACCCAGAUAGGUGGACUGAGAGAUGAGAGCUGUGGAGAUAUAGCAGGAAACAAAGGUACUCCUAAUGCUUGUUCAUUGUGUGAGCUUGUUGAGCCUGACGCUUCUACAGCUAAAAAAGUUAACUGUCUAGGAGAAUUGAGAGAUACUAACAAAAAAUAUUCUGAAUUUCAAAUGGACUCUCUAGACAGUCAGUCAAAUGGUCAACAAAAUUUAGUUACUCACUUGAAGACAUCAUUAGAAGAGGAUGGUGAUGAAGUUACUACCAAAACAAAUGCUCCUGAAGAGGAAGGCUGUGGAGGUCAUUCAAAUCAUGAGUUGCAGAAAGAUAUCCCAGGGCAUUCUCCAGGUCCUCUUCUUCCUGAAUUGAGCAAACUUGGCUUUCCAGCUUCUCUCCAAAGAGACUUAACAUGGCGCACGAGUUUGAAGAACAAAACUGGUUCACAUCUACCUGAGCCCAACCUCAAUAGUGCAAGGCGCAUUCGAAACAUUAGUGGCCAUCGAAAGAGUGAAACUGAGAAGGAAUCAGGGCUCAAGCCUACCUUGCGGCAGAUUAUUAGUGUAUCUCGUAGAAAUGUAAACUGGGAGCAGGUCAUUCAGCAGGUAACAAAGAAGAAACAAGAACUUGGCAAAGGCUUACCAAGGUUUGGCAUUGAGAUGGUUCCCCUCAUCCAGAAUGAACAAGAGGGCCUUGAGUUGGGUGAGGAAGCUGACCUGAACAGACUUGAAGGAUUCCACUGGGAAGGGAUAACCAUAGGUUCCCCUGGGACUGUUAGGAAACGUAGCCUCUCUGAAAGCAGUGUGGCUGUAGAUAAGACAGCCUCUGUUUACAGUUUCUUCAGCAACCAAGGGAUAAACAAAGAAAAUGAACAAAGGCAAACCUGUUCAGUUGCCAACGCUGAGGCUGUAACAUCUGGAUCUCAGAUGCUCGCAGAUGCUGUGGCUAGCAUGAAACAAGAGUCCUCUUCUCUUCCUUCCUCACCAUUCAUGCCAGACAGAACUGAUUCCAUUUCCAGUGGAAGGAGACUCAGCCUACAGACUCCCCUUGAUGUCAACAGGCUCACAGCAUUUAGCACACGAGAAGACCUGAGAAGCCUUGAAUAUAAUGUUCAGUUACUGGAGACCCAAGACAUGCCAGAGAGUCCAGGGGAAAAAUACUGUAUGGCUUCAGGUCUGGCAUUGUUCAGCACUCUGGAUGCAGCCACAGACAGCAGCUAUACAUCAGGCAAUGAGCAGAAUGACAGCCAGGGAACUGGCAAAAAAAGACGAGCAACCGGAGAGGGUUCCUCUCCUGAAAUUCCCAGUCUAGAAAGAAAGAAUAAACGAAGGAAGAUUAAAGGCAAAAAAGAACGUUCUCAGUUAGACCAGUUGUUGUCUAUUUCCAUGCGGGAAGAAGAACUGAUCAAGUCCUUGCAUUGUGUAGACGGAAGCCUUCUGCAGGCUCGAGCUGCUCUGCAGGCAGCUUAUAUUGAAGUCCAGCGACUGCUUGUACUGAAACAGCAGGUAUCAGUAGAAAUGGGAGCUUUGAGGAGCCAGAGAAUUCAGAUCCUGCAGGGGCUACAAGAAACCUAUGAGCCUUCUGAGCAGCUGCAGCAGCUUCAUCCCAGCAGCUCAAGCGAAAAAAGAGCUAGCAAGCUUCAGCUGACCCACAACCUUACUGCAAAUCCAGGUGGUCCUAUUCCUCUUUUGGAAACUGCCUCAUCUGUUUCUGCCCAGGUAGCUGCUAUUCCUUUGGCAGACCCCAUCCAAGUAAGCACUCAACCUACAUUCCAAACUACUGGUGGCAUUGGAACCAUCAUAGCUCCUGAUUCAUCUGUUCAAAUCAAGCAAGAGCCUGCAUCUCCAAAACCUGGGGAGGAGAGCAUGAAUAUUCCCAAACAAAGCUCCCCAUGUUCUCUGCGAGCAGAUCUUCAGUUUCAGGAUGGGACUGCAAGCCAGCAAUCUUCAUUGUACCCAGUUAUCUCUGCUACCAUGUCCUUGUCAGGACUCAUUGAUUUCCAAGAGCCCAAUCAAGAUAUUCAGACACCUGUUCUGGAUAAGGGGGAAACCAUGUUAUCUGGUCAGUCUUCCUCUAACUAUUCUCUGUUGCUCUCUUCACUGAAGAUUGAAGAAAACAGUAUACCAUUGGACAAUACUAUCUCAGAGCAGUGCAGCAGUUCCUUUCAAAGCCAGACCUUUCCCUCUGAACUGCCUGCUAAAAAAGAUCCCAAAGAGACAACUGAACAGCCUGAGCAGACAGCUGUCUCUUGUUUAGUUUCCAAGGAGAGCAAAAUAAGCAAGAAAAAGAAGAAGUUGAAGAAGAAAAAAGCACUGAGGGCAGCCCAUGUACCUGAGAACAGUGACACAGAACAGGAUGUAAGUGAUUCAAAACCUUAUAGGAAAGUCAAGACUAUAAAAGUGCCUAAAGGGGAAAAAGUGACAACCUCCACUCCUCCAAAGCAAGAAGAUGCAGGGGUUGCUCAAGAAGGAAAGCAGAAGAAAGAAGAGAAUGAGAGUGACACAUCUCUGGAAUUUGUGGAAAUCCCCAAAUCUCUUGAAGUGGUGGCCAUCACUUCAUCAGAGUCAGGAGAUGAGAAACCAGAUAGUCCUUCCAAGAGAGAUGCCUUGAGCUCCUCAGAGCACCUAUUGAGAGAAGCAUCUCGAUUUGGCUAUGAUGAAGUGAGCUCUACCAGUGAGAUUGGAACGAACUAUCGAGAUAACAUUCACAAAAGUGUGGCUGAGACUCAGACAUCCAUAUCAUCAAUAAAGGGAUCAAAAAAUUCAUCAGAAGUCUCUUCAGAGCUGGGUGAAGAUGAAGAACCAACAGAAGGGGUCUUUGAGGGACAUUCUGCUGCAGUGAAUGCCAUUCAGAUUUUUGGAAAUUUGCUGUACACCUGCUCAGCAGACAAAACUAUCCAUGCAUAUAACUUAGUGAACAGGAAAUGUGUUGGUGUCUUUGAAGGACAUACCUCCAAGGUGAACUGCUUGCUUGUGACUCAGACAACAGGGAAACAUGCUGCGCUCUAUUCUGGCUCCAGUGACCACAAUAUACAUUGUUAUAACAUCAAGACUAGAGAGCUUGUGGAUCAGUUUAAAUUGGAUGACCGUGUGCUCUGCCUGCAUGGUAGAUGGAGAAUUCUUUACGCGGGACUUGCAAAUGGUAGUGUGGUCACUUUCAAUAUAAAGAAUAACAAACAACUUGAUAUCUUUGAGUGCCAUGCCCCUAGAGCAAUCAGCUGCCUUGCCACAGCCCAGGAAGGGGCACGGAGGUUGCUGAUUGUGGGAUCCUAUGAUUGUACAAUCAGUGUGCGAGAUGCUCGAAAUGGACUGCUGCUUCGAACGCUUGAAGGCCAUAGCAAGACGGUUCUCUGUAUGAAGGUUGUUAAUGAUCUGGUGUUCAGUGGUUCCAGUGAUCAGUCUGUCCAUGCCCACAACAUACAUACAGGAGAGCUGGUGCGGAUCUACAAAGGGCACAACCAUGCUGUGACAGUUGUGAACAUCCUGGGGAAAGUGAUGGUAACAGCCUGCUUGGACAAAUGUGUUCGUGUCUAUGAGCUUCAGUCUCAUGAUCGCUUGCAAGUCUACGGAGGACAUUCAGAUAUGAUUAUGUGCAUGACCAUUCAUAAGAGCAUGAUCUACACUGGCUGUUACGAUGGUAGUAUUCAAGCUGUGCGACUAAACUUGAUGCAGAAUUAUCGUUGUUGGUGGCAUGGAUGCUCACUGAUCUUUGGCGUAGUGGACCACCUGAAACAGCAUUUGUUAAAUGAUCACACAAAUCCAAACUUUCAAACACUGAAGUGUAGAUGGAGAAACUGUGAUGCUUUCUUCACCUCCCGAAAAAGUUCCAAGCAGGAUGCAGUGGGACACAUUGAAAAACACGCAGAGGACGAUAGCAAGAUAGACUCAUGAAGCUUUUUCACCUCCCACAUUGGGAAGUACCUUUUUAUAUACUGAAAGUAUUCCAUGCUUUGUCCAUCUCUUGUCUUCUCCUUUUUCUGGCUCCAGUUCAUAUCUGGGGUGUGAAAAGGACACAGACCUUUUUCUUUUCUUUUCUUUUCUUUUUUUGCUACAGAGACAGCAUUUUGCUUGCAGCUCUGUAGAGAAGGGAAUAAUGGACAGACUCAGACCAAACAAAACAUUUUUUUUUACUUGUUAAUGGAGACAAACCAAAACAUCCUUCAUUCUAUCUGCCCUGUCAAAGAAGAGCAUUGUGCACAUCAAAGAUUUGAUAUUCAGAUGAAUGUUUGUACUCACAUCAGUGCCUACGUACACUGUUUAUCCAUCUGUUUUAUGUUGUGUGCAGGUCAUUUUUGGAUUUGGAUAACUUUAAUAAUAGCAAUUAACUCAACUCUGACUAAAAAUACCUCUAUUUCUUUCCAUUACAUAUUUGAAUCACCUCUUUUGAUGAGAGAUAUUAAUCAAGAGUAGUUGAGUAAAUGAAUGGCUUUACUUUUAAACUUCAAUGUAUGAUGUGACUUAUUUUCAGUUCUAAGUGCUAAGUCUGCACUGUGAGUCAUUAUUGAUUUUCUGCACAUUUUAGCCCCCAAAGUGGCUUGUGAUGACUAAACAGCGAAAUGUCUAUUCACUGCAAAUUCUUUCAUAGUUUUUAAGUUACUAGGCACCUUGAUGCAAAGACCAGUACAGAUAACAACUUCAGCUUUAAAACAUAGUUAUCUGUGCAUUUGUAUUCAUUGCUCCCUUGCCACAAUACUAGGACUGUGUUCCUAUUUCUGAGCAUUUAUUUGUUAAAUGUAAGGCUUGUUCUGGCAUUUAAAAUUGCUGCAUUUUGCAGUCCUGCACCUUUAUUGAACAUGCUCACUGAUAGCUGGGCAGUGUAUGCUCUGAAAGCAGCUUUUGGUGGCCAUCUUUUCCAACUAUAAUGUGGUUUUAUUUCCACUGAAUACCCUUAAGUUACUAAAGUCAUGUAAAAAGAAAGGCUGUUGGGUGUAAAACAAUAUUUUACAGUCCAAAGAGUGCAAGCAGAAGCUGAGGGGGGUGUGUGUGUGUGUGUGUGUGUGUGUGUGUGUGAUAUGCUGCCAUCUGGAAUAACAUGAUAGGAGAAGCAGUGUGAGAAACCAGUAAAAUUAGAAGACAGUAGUUAUAGUGCAAAGAAGUGAAAUGUGUGCAUGGGGCAGAAUGUACUUAAACUCAGUGCUCUUUGGGGAUAGCAGUUCCAUUGUUCAUUUCAUGAUAUGAUUCAUUCUUCAGAUCUCUGCCAGUGUUCUCGUUAUCACUUGCUUCAGUCUUUCUGGCUUGUUCCUAUGGAAAACUGUGAAUUCCAGUAACAAUCUAGAGACAUCUGAGAGUAUAGACUUUGCUUGUUUCAUUUUAUUAUUUUAGGUGAUGUGUAGAAAUGAUAAACAGAGCAAAGGUGACAUGGGGAAGUGUUCUUAACAGCUGGGUGCAAGAUAUUGAACAGACUGCAAGCUGUAUGUUGCUUUUCAUGGACACCUUAACAAAGAACAUGGAGAUGUUAUGGACCCUUCCCUACUCUCCAAUAUUCUUAGUGUAUUUUGAGCCAAGGUGUUCAUCUAAAAUUACAGCAGAAGACCACCCUUUUCUGCAAAUUGAAUUUGCUUCCAUGUAGCCCUUAAGAUCUUUCCUUGACAGAGGAGUGGAAUAAAACAUUUAAGACUAUCAUAUCUCUAGAUAGAGUACCCUCCUUUUGCCUUCGUGUCCCAACCAUGGUUUGAAGACUCAGAGCAUUCAAGAAUUUGCUUCUAAUUUUCUAUUACGUGUGUUCGAGAAAUGUAUGGAGAACCUUUUCAGGGAGAACUGGCAAACUGUACCAGGGAUUUCGCCCAUCCCCUUGCAGUCUGUUUCUGGUCAUAGUUGUUUUACUAUUUGCCAGCUUUCCUCACAGUGAGAGAAAAUAAAGGAAGACUUACUGUGAGCAUUGGUAGAGAACACUCAUUGUCUUACCAAGAACCUGCAGAACUUUCAAUCCAUAGGCUGGGGGAGGGGGGGAGUUGUGAUACUGUGUUUUGUUUUGUUUUGUUUUUUUAUAUUGGUUUUAGAUCAUCCUUAAUUGAAUGUGAUUGAAAUGAAGGUACAGAGUUAUGAUGUUUGUAAGAAAAAGAUAUGGAGUGCAGUGUUUGUGUUAGUCUUGAGAAUUAGCAAGUGAAAUGAUUUUCAUUUUGCAUCCUCUUAAAAGUUUUUUCUUCAGUGGUUCUUUACUGGAAGAGGAUGCUGAUUUUAUUCAUGAAAAUAUGUGAAAGCUCUUUUCACUACUUUAAUAGCUGCACUUGAUGCACUCCAUGUUCUCGGCUGCUUUAAUAAGGAGGCAUGUGUUCAAGAUGGGUCUGAAGACUGAUUUUGGGAUGCCAUAGAUCAUUUGUCUUCAGAUUGGUUCAAGAACAAUAUAUGUUCCUCUCUUAUCAAAGUUUGGUUCCAUAUUUUUGCCUUUAUUGGAUACACAGAGAACUGAAAAACUGUUCUAAACCAAGUCACAUAGUGAUAACAUCAUGUUACCUCUUAAAGUUACUAAUGGUUUCAUCAUUUCAGUUCACAGUGAUGAAACUUCUAUUGGAGUUGCAUAGAUUGCAAAAUGUUCUCUUAUAGUUUAGUGGUUUUUAUUUUAUUUUUUUAAAUUUGAAAUUCAGCUAUUUCUACCUUAGCAGGAAAUGUGAGCAUGUUCCUCUAGGAUAUGUCAGAAUCCAUGAAGAUGCAAUUGUUGUUAUUUACUAAUUGUGGAAUGAGAGCUCCCACUUUGUUAAGGUUUUAUGAAGGUUUUAGGCUUCUGGCAUCUUCCAUAAAUAAGCUGAAAUUACAUGAGAAAGUUUUGUUUUAACAUGAAGAAAUAGAAUUGAAGUGACUAGAGGGAAUUGUGGAGUAUGUUCUUGGAUUGCCUGGAAAGUGUGUUAACUUUUAUGUGCUGGCUAAUGUCUAAGUAAGUUGUGGGCUGUAUAUGAAGUGAAUUUGGACUGCAUGCCAAUGCACUUUCCCAACAGAAUAGCUAUUUCUUUCAUGCCAUUUUUUCUUACCUUCUGAAUGUAAGUAUUUGGUGUGUGUUAAGAGCUGUGCUGUGGGGGAGUGGUUUGUGUUUCAGCUUCCAGGAAAUUACACAAUCAUUCAGCUGCUUGCAUCUUUUAACUAUUACAUGUGACUGAAUAUCAGUGAUUACCCCAGCUUCUGUUUGCCCCUUGAGACAAAGAGUUGGGCUUGAAAGACAGACUUUGGUAAUGUUGGAUCAAGACACCAAAGCUUUGGUGAACUUACCUGUUGAAGUCAGUGGCAAAACUCCCAUUUUAAUGUUUCAGGAUUUCAUCCUAAAUAUCAAGAAUUUAAACCCUUUUCUGUAGUUCUAUGAUUGCUUAAAAAUGUGAGUUCUAGGUUCCCAUUUGUGGAAUGCAAUUGACUGCAUUAAUCAGAAAGAUUGAUAUGAAAGCAAUAGGCAACCAAUAGCUAACUUGUUGUAAAGGUUGGGUUUCCUAAUCCUAUCAGGAUGGCUUUACACAGAAAGUAUUAGCAGAAAAAAGUAUGAGCUCUUCUAUUCCUUUCAUGGACUAUACAAUGAUAAGGUUACAAUCAGAACAUCUCAAUUUGUAUGCCUUUUAAGGUAGGAGCAGAUUGGUUCAAUUGUUAAAAAAAAGCUAAAUGAGAAACUGUUUAAAUAAUAUCCUAAUGACUUACUGGCAGUUUUCCCAAUUUUUUUUUUCAGUGAGAUGGCCUGCAUGGCCCUUCUUACAAGUAAACAUGAGUGGAUCAUAUGCAUUGAAUGACUUGAUCUUUCCUUUUUACUACAAAGCUGUAAACUAAAUCAGACAGAAGGAAAUAAAAGAAAAUAAAUUUAUACCAAAAA